AGCUCGAGCCCGGCUGGGAGCGAAAGGCCCGGUUGACCGUGGCUGCUCCAGACGCGCAGUCGGAGCUCGGUGGAAACGCUGCGAGGACGCGCGCAUGCCACUUUCAGCGCUCAGCGUGUGGCGCGCCUGCGUCACGUUGUCGCUCCUCCGGAUGACGCUCGCUGAAGAGAGACGAUCAAACGGAGCCCUGGAUGACUUGGAGAAACUUGAUGACUUGUUAAGAACCUAUGAUCGACGUGCACUUCCCACAACACACUUAGGAACGCCGACGAAAGUCGCUUGUGAAAUCUACAUACGCAGCUUCGGGUCUAUAAAUCCUGCCACAAUGGACUACGAGGUUGAUCUAUAUUUGCGGCAGACUUGGCAAGACGAUCGCUUGACAAGCCCUAACGUGUCCAGACCUUUGGACCUCAAUGAUCCCAAGCUGGUGCAGCGGAUAUGGAAACCAGAAGUAUUCUUCGCAAACGCCAAACACGCGGAAUUUCAGUACGUCACCGUACCUAACGUACUGGUUCGCGUUAACCCGAACGGGAAGAUCCUCUAUAUGCUUAGGCUCAAGCUAAGGUUUGCAUGCAUGAUGGAUUUAUACCGGUUCCCAAUGGACUCCCAAGUUUGUAGCAUCGAACUUGCUUCAUUCUCCAAAACAACCGAAGAACUGCAUCUCGAAUGGUCUGAAUCAAACCCAAUAAUAUUAUUUGAAGGCCUCAAGCUACCGCAGUUUGAGAUUCAAAACAUAAACACGUCGCUCUGCAUGGAAAAAUUUCACAUUGGAGAGUACAGUUGCCUCAAGGCCGACUUCCACUUGCAGCGUUCACUGGGCUAUCACAUGGUACAGUCGUACCUGCCCACAGUGCUUAUAGUUGUCAUCUCCUGGGUCUCCUUCUGGCUCGACGUAGAAUCUAUUCCGGCGCGCACCACCUUGGGUGUCACGACGCUGCUGACGAUUUCUUCCAAAGGCUCCGGCAUACAGUCCAACCUGCCUCCGGUUUCGUACGUGAAGGCCAUCGACGUGUGGAUGGGAGCCUGCACGGGAUUCGUGUUCUCGGCGCUACUCGAGUUCACCGUCGUCAGCUGCCUGGCGAGAAUGCAGGCACGAGACAAGGAGUCAAGUAUUGUUACAACAAAGCACGGAGUCGCGAUUGUCAACGCUUUUCCCGAAAACCAGGCAUCGGUGCAGUGCACGGUCCGGGCGAAAACGAUCGACCAGGUCUGCCGCGUUGCGUUUCCAGCAAUCUUCCUUGUCUUCAAUGCCAUUUACUGGCCAUACUUUAUGUGCUUCACGGGGUAGAGCGUUUCCUAAUGUGGCCUCCAGAGGCUCACCAUGACAUACUGACAGUGGCAUCAAGACGUCGUUAAUGGGAGCGCUAGUGAACCACCGCACCUCGAGAUCUUAGCAAAUGAGGCUCUCUAGUUUCGGGAAAGCAAUUGUUCUUGCUUUACUUUUAAUGAAAGAGCCCGCAGUAAACCGUAGUGACUCCGCACCCUUGGUAGAUUCCGUCAAUUAUCUCAGGUAAGGCUAAGUUCCUCUUUCAACCUUUCAGUCCUAAGGGUAACAUAAGCAGGAUGCCUUCUUACGUGCGAUAAUAUUUAUUUAAAUACUCAUAAAAGUGGUAGUGAUUACCGCUUAGUAUUUGCAGCGUUUACUGAAAAACACAUACAGGGAUCAACUGUGGUAGGCUAUGUCAUUGUUUAUUUUAUUUCCUGAUGCAUUUACAGCAAAUUACGAUGUAAGUGUACGUAAGCGCUUUGUUAAAACGCGAAAUAAAAUAGCGGUGUAAUAUACGUCUAUUUUUGGUGUAUUAAGCUGACACAUUCAGAACGGCAACAUAAACCUAGUUUAGUGACUGCCUAAGAAUUUAAAAAAUAGUGAGAACUUUGGUUAUUGGCGUACUUGUAUUUUAAAGAACUCUUAUCGUCUUGACACCUAUGAAUCAGUAUUUGAGGACAUUGUAUGGAAACUUCAUUCAGUGGCAGAUGUUUAUAUUGCAGUCAGUGUCUUGCUCUUUUACGUUCUCAAUUAGCCUUUCGUCAGAGGUCUGCUAUACCCGCUUAUUUCCCCCCUCGUUCACUGCAGGCCAAAUUUACAAACGCUGUCGCUCAUAUGUUGUUUUCGUUUUACGUUUACACUACAAUCGAGUGGCUGAUUUUUUUCAUUCACCAGAAUGUCUCACAAUAUCAGUGCCCCAACUAAAUACCCCUAAUUGCUUUUAGCUUUAAUAAGUCUAUGUUAAAUCAUAGAGAACAAGUUAUUGCUGUUGAAUACAAUCCCAUGCUAACUUACCUUAAUUUCGCAGCAACAGAAAAACAUUGGCAACGUCGCCGCAGAUCAAGCGUUUUCUUGGUUUUGGCUCGCAAUGACAGAUUAUUUAUUCCUCUUUGCUGCUCCAGAUUUGAAAAGAAAAUAUACAUUUUAAAGCUGCAUUUAAUCACAUCUUGAGUGUCAUUAGAGAUUUCAGAGUCGGACUUGGUGCUUUGAACGGUUGGCUUACUAUCUCAAGCGUCGAAAGGCAGGAAAGAUUUCUCAUUUCCUAAUGAAAUAUGUGGUGGGUAAAACACAGAAUAAUCUGUGAAAGGUCUUACAAUUGCGUCUUGUAUUGAGCUGCUUCUGGUACAUGAUAGUUUGCACCUCUCACAACUGGGACGAGUUGAAGUAGAGGUGAUAAUUUUUGCCGUUAUUUUUGGGCUGAAAACACCGUGCUGCUUAAAAUUGCGAUCCUAAGCUGAAUGUUCUACACUCGAUGUUCACAGCUAAAGAAAUAAUAAGUGAAGUCUCUGAUCAUUUUCUUAGCAGUGUUGCAUUAUGUUUUUUAUGUACAAGACAGCCUUGAUGUUGUGAUAUCUUACUGAAAUGGCAUCCACGUAUAUGUGCAUAUAAAAAAAAAAACAAGUGAGAUAACACUGAGAGGAAACGACCGUAGAUAGUUGUGCUUGUUUGGUGUACUCUCUGGCAUUGUUUGGAAAUGCCUUUUUUUUUGUUUCUCACUGUGCCGUGAAGCUCCUACAUGAAAAUCAAGUAAGCUUGUGCUGUUGAAAACCAUUGUAUAUUUUCAUAAUAAAAUGGUUAAUAACACGAG